CAUCUCACUCGCACUUGUGAGCUCCACACAGCGCCGUGCGUUCAAAUGGUUCAAUGACUUUGGCGACCAGUUUCUAUUUUCUCUCUGGUUCUGUCGUCGGGUCGGCCCGCUAGGAAGGGGGCCUUUGUUUGCGUUUCACGUUCGCGUCGCACGGUAUCAUCUGCGUCGGGCGCUCAAUCGUGUCGCAUCCGAGACGGAAUGUGCCAACAUAAGUGGAAGCGUGGUUAUCGCUCCUCUCGGUUGAUGUGAAAUGUCGUGUAGUGCCCCAGGGUGGCGCCUUCUAGUGCAAGUGCAGUGAGGUGCAGUGGUGUGUGCGAGCGAGCGUGGGUCGCUGCCACGGCGAGCGAAGUGCGCGGAGGUGGCGGCGGCCGCUCGGCCAUGACCGGCGACAUGCCUCUGGGGAGCGCGCACGCGUUCGGGCGCGCGCUGCUCCGGGACGGCGCCCUGCCGCCGCUGGAGCCCGGGCCGCCCGCGGCCGCGCCGCCCGCGCCGCACGCCCCGCCGGCCGCCGCCGCCAGCCCCGAGCAGGUCAUGAAGCUCUACAUGAACAAACUUACGCCUUACGAGCACCGCGAAAUAUUCGAUUACCCCCAAGUGUACUUCAUAGGCGCGAACGCAAAGAAACGACCCGGCCUCGUCGGCUUCCCGAACAAUUGCGAAUACGACAACGAGCAGGGUUCAUACAUUCACAUACCGCACGAUCACAUAGCGUACCGGUACGAGGUGCUCAAAGUUAUAGGCAAAGGCAGUUUCGGGCAAGUCGUCAAAGCUUAUGAUCACAAGAAGCGGGAAAACGUCGCACUCAAAAUGGUGCGCAACGAAAAGAGAUUCCACAGACAAGCCCAGGAGGAGAUUCGUAUCCUGGAGCACCUGCGAGAGCAGGACAAAGACAACACUAUGAACGUCAUACACAUGUUCGACUCGUUCACGUUCAGAAAUCACACGUGCAUCACUUUCGAAUUGCUCUCGAUAAAUCUUUACGAGUUGAUAAAGAAAAAUAAGUUCCAAGGGUUCUCACUGCAGCUCGUCCGGAAGUUUUCGCACAGUCUCCUGCAAUGCCUGCACGCCCUCAACAAGAACCGCAUCAUCCACUGCGACAUGAAGCCGGAGAACGUGCUGCUGAAGCAACAGGGACGCUCCGGAAUUAAGGUGAUAGACUUCGGCAGUUCGUGCUACGAGCACCAACGCGUGUAUACAUAUAUACAGUCGAGGUUCUACCGCGCGCCUGAGGUGAUGAUGGGCGCCAGGUACGGCAUGCCUAUCGAUAUGUGGUCCCUCGGCUGCAUACUGGCGGAGUUACUAACAGGGUUCCCCUUACUGCCGGGAGAGGAUGAGGCUGACCAGAUGGCGUGUAUCAUCGAACUUCUGGGCAUGCCGCCUCAGAAGCUGAUAGAACAGGGAAAGAGGGCAAAGAACUUCAUCAGCAGCAAGGGUCUGCCGCGGUACUGCACAGCUACUACGCUACCAGAUGGCACUACUGUGCUCAGUGGAGGUAUGUCGAGAAGAGGUAAGUCGCGAGGCCCUCCCGGCUCCAAGAGUUUCGUCACAGCACUCAAAGGUUGCCAGGAUAAGUUCUUCAUUGAUUUCAUCAGAAGAUGUUUAGAAUGGGAGCCAGAGAAAAGGUUAACACCCGCGCAGGCGUUAAGGCACGCGUGGCUGCGGCGUCGGCUGCCCCGGCCGCCGCAUGACGACGAGCCCCACGCCCAGUCCCACGCGCACGCGAACUCUCAGUCCCACGGCCACGCGCACUCGCAGUCCCACGGCCAUGCGCAGGCGCAGUCCCACGCCCAACCGCAGGCGCUGCCCGCCAACCACGUUAGUAUAGCGCACCACGUCAAACGGCUCGCCCAGCCCAAGUGCACCGACAAAUAGAUAUGGUUGUUCUGUUGCCGGCAGUCGGGGGGCGCGGCGGGCGCGGCGGGUGCGGCGGGCGCGGGGGGCACGGCGGGCGCGGGGGGUGUCGGCGGGCGGGGGGGCUCUCUGCGCACGCCGCUCGCGCGCACCCCCGUCACCUUCAACACGGCUCAAGUCGCAAAAGCGAAGCUGCAAGCGGCGCUGUCGGAGGAGAGCGGCGCGGGGCGGUACUGGGCCGCCAAGCUGCCGCACCUGCCCGCGCCCUCCUAGCGCCCGCCCUCCGCCCGCCGCCUCGCCAAGGUGUCAUCACUUGAAGCGCCGCGGCGAGCGCACGCGGCGGGCCCCGCGCGGCUCGAGCUCGAGAGACGCAGCCUCGACCUCGAGCGCGAGCUGCGCGCAGACCGCGACUCGGACGCCUCGCUUGACGACCGCGACCACCUCGUCUGAUGCCGCCCGCCCCCGGCCCCGGCCCCCGCUCCGGACACGCCGCCGCCCCCGCCCCCGCCCCCGAUCCUCGCACGCGCCCCCUGGCCCCACACGCCCCGCUGUGGCCCCGCUCUGGCUCUAGCUGAUGGACAUUGACGAACUUGGAGGAAACACUAAGAAAGUACACACACAAGUACAAUUGAAGCAAGUUGGUGUUAGUGUUCGCCAGUGUUGGCUGCAGUGACGUGCCCCCCCCCCCCACUGCCUUGUACUGACUUAGAUAUAUCGUGUAUGUUUGAUUGGCCUUCCAGUAAUUUGUAUUAAAAAAAUAACCGACUUAGAAAAAGGAGGUUUGUAAUCUGUGUAAACUGUAAAGACUACUAGUGAAAUUUUAUACCUAAAGUAUUAGAUGUUCUUUGGAGUUUAUUUUAUAACUACCCUACAUUGUGAGUCGAAGGGGUCGGUUAGUGAUUGUAUAUUUAGUGUAUGCGAUGCACAAUAUUUUUUAUGUUCCUACGUAGUGUAAUGUGAGCCAGUGGGGGUGGUGGAGGGGAGGGAUGGGGGUAGUGACUAGUGCGCGGCGGCGUUAUUGAUCUCAAUAAAUAAAAUAAAGACUACAUAAUGUAACGGACAUCUAGUGGAAUUGUGCGAAUACCGUGGUGUUUUACUGUUUUCUAUGUUCGUAUACGUAUUAAAUUAAGAUAACGUGCGUUCGGUGGAAUGUUUAGUGCCUGCUAAGUCCCGUUUUAGUGUGUAGGAAACUCGACCACUGUUUAAGGAAACUCUUUGAACAAUUUUGACGACUUGUUAGAUUUCGAGAGUUGAUUUUUUUGUGACGUAACUCGCUUUUUGGUGCGUUAUCGAUUGAAAUUCGUAGAAUCUUGCAGCCUUCGACCACAAGAUUUUGACUGAAUUUUUAUUUUUAACCGCCCUCUGUACCGCACCAGUGAACGGCGUCGAUUUGUUUUUUUUCCUUAUUGAAAAAAAAAUCUCUCUCGAAAAUAACAUAGAUAUAAGCGAACUGAAAUAUUGAUGUGUGUGAUUUAACGAUUUUUUGUACAAAAAUCAAUUUGUCACUUUUUUUCUAAUAAUUUCUUAAUAUAAGUUACUUCGUAUUUAGUUAAUUUCUCUCAAGUGAUAUGGUAAUGUUGUAAUUGCGACGAAAUGGUGACCUUAAAUCGGAAUUCUUAAAGGACUUAAGGGUAGAUAGAUACAAGGCCUUUUAAGCUAGUUAAGAAGCUAUGCUAAAUUUUUGUAACGGAUAUCAUAGUAUGUUGUGAUCGGCUGAAAGGUUUUUAUAUAGCCAUUCUAUUAAUUACAACUCAUAGCAUAGCAUUAUAAGUACAUUUUUUGCGUAAUCCAAACUAUGUUUUAAUUUUACUACUUAACUAAAAAUGGUUCCUUGUAUGGUAAAUAAAGUUCAAACAUAUCCGGAUUUUAACUUGAGAAUGUUCUAGAAAAUAUUGUUGAUUGAAAUUUUAGAUAAGUUUCUGUAUGGUUUCAGUGUCUGGACUAGGCACAUUUAGAACUUCAAGGGAUUGCAUAAUAUUAGGAUAAAUAGUGUCAUAGAUUAAAUCUGAAUUCUUCCAUUAAAGUGUAGACUAAAAUCGCAUAGCACCAUUAAUGUGUCUAGUCCUUUCUUUAAUUAUCUAGUGCAAUAUGUUUGACUUUGAUUUUUUAAAAAUUAAUGGUUUUGUCUUCCCGAUAAUUGUGACAUUUUAUAAGGCCUAUUUCUUAUGUGAACGAAGUAAAUGCAUUUUUUUUAUUUUUCAAAUAGUUUUAUAGUUUUUUCUAUAUGUUUAUUACAUAGGAAAUACAAAUGUACGAUAAUUUACAAAAGGAAAUAUCGUUGUAUUUUUACUUUUUUUGUAAAUGAUUGGUUUUUGCUUUACUUCUGGCGGAUUUACAAUUUGACAAUGCAUGACAAUGAAAUUUGACAAUCCGUAACAAUGAAUUUUUCUGCAUAGAAUUGUAUUUAAAUUUCUUUAGCAUUUGUGUAAUCAUUAGGAAUUUCUAUAUUAUUGUUUUAUUACCAAAGGGUAAUUUACCUAUGUACGCUUCUGUAUCAAGUCUACGUUUUUAGCCUCGUAUUUUAUUCUUUGACAGUAUCUCACUAUACUCAAAUUAAGCAUUUUUUUUUGUCAAUAAUUUUUAUUAUGAUGACUGCCUUUCGUAUAA